CUUAGCGAGGUAGUAUCUCGAUGCGUUAUGUCGAAUUAUACCAGAGGUACCGAUGGUAAAUACCGUGUGAGCAAUGAAGUAACGAAUCGUUUCACUGGUGUGAAGAGGAUAUUGGAGGGUGAAAUUAAGCCCGCAGCUUCCAAGGCCGAGGAGGGUAAACUUCACGUCAGGUAUACCACAGUACCACUGACUCCCGAGACUAAGUACUCUGUACUCGAAACGGAUUAUGAUUCGUACGCCGUUUUAUGGAGCUGUCAAGGUAUUGGCCCGGUCCACGCACAAAAUGCAUGGGUCAUGACGAGAGAACGAGUACCAUCCGGAAAAGUGCUUCAAAAGGCUUAUGGCGUUCUUGAUAAAUAUAAGAUAUCGAAAACGUUCUUCGUGAAAACCGAUCAAGCGGAAUGUGCCUAUUUGGAUUCGACAACGGAGGAGUCUGAGGAGCCUGAGAAGCCGGCGAAGUCAGAGAAACGAAAACAGAAACCGCAACCAACUGAACCGAAUGAGAGUUCCAGAUCGACCAUCGCUCUGAAUGAUGCCGAUAUCGAGAUAAAGGAGAAGGAGGAAGCUACAGCCGGGAUUACGGGCGAGAAAGCGCUCUCUGAUAUUCCGAAGAUAAUAGCGGAGGAACCCGCAAAGCUCGAGCAGCCCAUCGAAACUGUUCCCGAACGGAUCUUGAAGUUAGCAGAGACGAUAAAAGAGGAGAGUGGCGACACGAGGAAUAAAAUGAUCAUUGUCGAGGUCAAGGAGGAGAACGUUGCGGAAACUACGAAGGAGGAGAAAAGCGAACAUGCGAAAGAAAUAGAAGCAACUGCCUAGAAGUACUAUUUAGCAAAAAAAAGUCUGUUAGUUGGCGCUAGCAGGGACGCAUUCCUGGGGAUUUUCGACGUCUUAGGCUUGUAGCGGUUUCCUCAUUGAGAACCAGUCUCGCUUAAGUACCGCAAAAUCAUUAAUCAUUGUUCCAUUGACACGCCGUCGUUCUGCGUUGUCGCUUGAGGACAUAGGGUUGGCACGGCGCUUUGUUUUAUAGGCUUACGUACAAAUGUAAAAAAAAAAAAAAAAGAAAA